CUCGCGAGUUGAUAAGAGCUUGUCAUUUAGUGUUUGCAUGCGACAUUACUGCGGGACGUUGCCGACGCAUUUAUCAACUACAUUCCCUCUACAGCUCUGGCCGGAUUGAUUGGGACCGAAAGCUUCAAACAAAAUGCCGCUGACCUUCUGCCCUAAUUGUAGCAAUGCGUUGACGAUAUCCCGCGCGGAUGCCACGCCAAAAUACCCCAUGGGAGUCAACCGAUUCGAGUGCCGUGCCUGCCCAUAUCAAUACGUCCUGGAACAAUCCUGGUUUGAGAAGACCCCCAUGAAACAAAAGGAAGUGGAAGACGUCUUUGGAGGCAAGAACGAGUUCGCAAAUGCAGACAGCGUGGCCACUCAAUGCCCCGCAGAAGGCUGCAAUGGCGACCGUGCAUACUUUUUCCAGCUGCAGAUUCGAAGUGCAGAUGAACCGAUGACUACAUUCUUGAAGUGUACUUCGUGUGGUGCUCGUUGGAGAGAAAACUGAUACGUUCAGAAUUAGCUUGUUAUGGGUUACGAGUUUUUUUCUAUAUAUUUCAAUGGUCAAGAAGCAGGCGAAUAAUUGGAAGAAAUGGUGUUUUUUAUUGGGUUUGAUAUCUUUUAUUGAUUCUUGACAUGAUGUGAUCCGAUAAUCCGAGGUCCUUUCUGGAGUUACCUGCAUGCGACUACUGUACAAGACAGCUUCCUGAUACCCCUCAAUAAUUAAUGGCA